AUGUCUGCUGCAGAUCAUGUCGGAAAAUUGCCUGUAGCAACUUUGAGUUUCAAAUUUACAGGGAAUAACUAUGGUGCUUGGGAAUUUCAGUUUAGAAUGUUUCUGGAAGGAAAGGAACUCUGGAAUCACAUUGAUGGAACAUCUCCUCCUCCUAAAGAAGCUAGUGAACUCAGUCAAUGGGAGAGUAAGGAUGCCAAAAUUAUUUCUUGGAUUCUAGCAUCCAUUGAAAGUCAUAUGGUCAACAGCCUACGAUCAUUUCGCACAGCUAAACAGAUCGUAUCUAAUGAGGCAUUGGCAAGCCUUCAAGAGGUUCAUGAAGUGAGCAAGCGUGAUCAGCUUUUGAUGAAGCUGAGACUAGAAUUUGAGAGCGCCAGGACAGGUUUAUUGAAUCGAAGUCCAGCACCGACAUUAGAUGUUUGUCUUGGUGAACUACUUCGUGAGGAACAACGAUUGGCUACUCUUGCUGUCAUGGGGGGGGUCAAAAGAAACAUCUCAGCAUCUAAUCAUAUGACUGAUUCUCCUAAGCUUCUACAUAACCUUCGGAAAUCUACUGGCACGCAAAAUAUUCAGGUUGCUAAUGGCAAUAACAUUCCAAUAAUAGCCAUUGGUGAUAUUGGUCCUUCUUUCCGUGAUGUGUUUGUCUCGCCUGAAUUAUCUAGUAACUUGAUUUCUGUUGGACAAUUGGUGGAUGAUGACUGUGAAGUGCAUUUUUCUCGAAAUGGUUGUUUUGUGCAGGAUCAAGUGUCGGGGAACGUGAUAGCGAAGGGGCCUAAAGUUGGAAGAUUAUUUCCAUUGCAGUUUACUGCUUCACAAGCUUUAUGUUUAGCUUCUAUGAGCAGAACCCCGACAACGCGGGCACGAAGUGGCGCGAACCAACAAUUCACGUGCAUCCUCGGUAACCAAGAGGCAGCGGUAGACGACUCGACAAGGCAAAUGCACAGCGAGGACGUGGGCGAACGGACGCAUUUCAAAAUCGUUCGUCCAUCCCCGUUGGCUAUGUAA